CACUGGUUCGACCGAUCUACGUGCCCACAUACACUGCUGUCUCCCUGCUCUCUCUCUCUCUCUCUCUCUCCCUCUCUCCCCCCCGUGGCCGCCUCUAGGUCUUCAAAAAUAAACUCGAUUCGUCCCAGCCCCAUCACCAUCACACGAGUCUCCGACCUCUCUCUUUUUUCUCUCUCUCUCUCUCUAUGAACCUGAACCAAAACGGUGGUGGUGACGGAGCUUGAUGAGUCGUCUGUCCACAAUUAACGGAAAAUGCUUGCAGCGAAAAAAGUCCACCGCCUUCGCAUAUUAUUAUUGUUAUUCCUCACCAGCCCCAUUGAAUAUCGAUCCUCGCCAUGUCUAGGCGGUUAUUGACACUAUAGCUUGGAAUGCAGGCUUUUGACAUUUUACAAAAUUAGGACAGUGGCACAUACUUUUUCUGCAAAUCAGAGGAGCUUCUAUUCUGGAAGGAAGUAUGGUGCAGUUGUUACAGCAGGGUUACACUCUCCUCACUCCAGACUGUACUCUCAAUAUGUUUUUCCUAAUAGGGGACAUAAUUCAUUCAUGGUUAACAGGAAUAUGUCUUGCAAAAGUAGUUUCUCCAGGAAAUUUCCUGUCUUUCCUGCAAGUAAUGCAGUUGCACAUCAUGCCCAAGUUGCUUGGAAGAGACUCGCACAGAUGUAUUCUCAAAACUCCCGAACUAACCUUGCCAUUAGUAGGACCGCUCAAGCAGUUAGCUUGGCAUUAAGCCGCUCUUACAUGGUUGUUCCUGGUAUAUUUGCCUGGACAUGUGGUAAUCUAGCAUUAGCACAAGUAUCAGCAGAAACAGAUCCCUUCCAUUCAAAGAAAACCUUGUACAUGCGUGCAGCGGAUGGCCAUGUUUUUGUGACCUCAUUAUUGCUUGAUUUGUUUGAAGGAAUAGUCUUGUUGCUAAGAGCAAUUUAUUUGGCAGUUUUGUUCUCACCCUGCAUAGUAAUGGCCCCAUUUGCUGAUUCUUUUGGGCCUCGAUUUAGAAAGACAUGGCUUGAGGUUGUUCAUCAUACACUGGAAAGAGCAGGCCCGGCGUUCAUUAAAUGGGGCCAGUGGGCAGCUACACGACCAGAUUUAUUCCCAAGGGAUUUAUGCACUGAACUCUCAAAGCUUCAUACCAAAGCUCCUGAACACAGUUUUGCAUAUACAAAAAGGACUAUUGAAAGAGCUUUUGGUCGGAAGCUUUCUGAAAUUUUUGAAGAUUUUGAGGAGAAACCUGUUGCAUCUGGAAGUAUUGCUCAAGUUCAUCGAGCUUCAUUAAAGUAUCAGUAUCGUGGUCGACAGAUCAAGCCUCUUGUAGUUGCAGUAAAAGUUAGACACCCUGGAGUCGGUGAAUCCAUUCGAAGGGAUUUUGAGAUAAUUAAUAUAGCGGCAAAGUGUUCGAAGUUCAUUCCUACCCUGAGCUGGUUAAGAUUGGACGAAAGUGUCCAGCAGUUUGCAGUUUUUAUGAUGUCUCAGGUUGACCUUGCAAGGGAAGCUGCCCAUUUGAGCCGUUUUAUAUAUAAUUUCCGUCGGUGGAAGGAUGUUUCUUUUCCAAAGCCUGUUUAUCCGCUUGUGCAUCCUGCCGUUUUGGUGGAAACUUUUGAGCAAGGGGAAAGUGUGGCUCACUAUGUUGAUGAGCUUGAAGGACAUGAUCGGAUUAAAAGUGCACUGGCACACAUUGGUACUCAUGCACUUCUAAAGAUGCUUCUGGUGGACAACUUUAUUCAUGCGGACAUGCAUCCUGGAAAUAUCCUUGUUCGGGUGGCUCAAACGAAGCCUUCUAGGAAACGGUUCUUUAAAUCAAAGCCUCAUGUCAUCUUCAUUGAUGUAGGCAUGACUGCUGAACUUUCUAAGAGCGACAGAGUGAAUUUGCUGGAAUUCUUUAAGGCUGUUGCCCGCAGAGAUGGCCGCACAGCAGCAGAGUGCACACUCAGAUUGUCUAGGCAACAGAACUGCCCAAACCCUGAGGCCUACAUCAAGGAAAUGAAAGAAUCAUUUGAUUUCUGGGGUACCCCAGAAGGUGAUGUGGUCCAUCCUGCAGAGUGCAUGGAGCAAGUACUUGAGAAAGUUAGGCGUCAUAAAGUGAAUAUAGAUGGCAAUGUCUGCACUGUGAUGGUUACCACUUUGGUUCUUGAGGGUUGGCAGCGGAAGCUCGAUCCAGACUACGAUGUGAUGCACACUCUACAAACACUGCUUCUCAAAGCCGACUGGGCAAAGUCACUCUCUUAUACAAUUGAAGGGCUUAUGGCCCCGUGAGUAGAUUUUUGGCUGUCCUUUAUUUUUCUUUUUAUAAAUUUUUUUUCCGAUAACAAAAUUUUAACAUUGUAAACCACAACUGUAUCUCAAUCUUGAGAAGCAACUAUCUAGUCUCUUAGGUCUUUUCCUUUUACAACUUUUCAGCUGGCUUUUUUGCUAUGUGCCUUGCCAUCAGUUUUACGAGGAAAAUUUUGUAUUUAUUUUGUUACUUUCCUUAAAAAUUUGAUGUUCCCUCGAAACCGUUCCUCUGAGAAGCUAAGAGAAUAAAGAAGGAAAGAAAGAGAUGAAGUGUAGCUUGUUUUU